AUGUUUCCACCGACAAGAAUGCAAGCUAUCUCACGAGUGGUCCUUAAGAUUUUCCAUCUCAUUUUGGUGGCAUUUUCUUUGAGAUCAAGUAGACUACCUAGUUUGGUCCUGUGGUUACGGUUUCUGGGUUGGCUGACCUGGUUUAUUUUCACGUGGACUCAAAGUGUGAUAUAUGCCCAAACGAUUGACUGCUCCUUGGACUGCUCACUGCGGCAUAUGCUCACAUUUUUCCAGACGGUCUCACAUGCCUUCAUUGUGGUCACCUCCUUCCUUGAUGGUUUCAGAAUCCAGCAGGACCAGUUGGACGAAGCGAUUGCGUUCGAGGACUCCGAUCCCUGGUUGGCCUCCACUGUGCUGGCGAUGCUGGUUCCCAUUUUGGGAGUCGAGUAUUUGGUGUGCUCGAACGCGCCAGAAUAUGCCUUUCGUAUCAUGGUCUAUCAUCUGAAAACGCUGCCCAGUUUACUGGCACUGCAGAUGCAGAUUAUAUCCUUUAUCCUGGAAGUCAUGAAGGUGAACAUAAAGGUUCGCCAGACCAAGCUGCAGCUGCAGAUCCUGGCCAGGGAAUUAUCCUGUCGUUGGCCACAGAGUAAGCAAAAGCCGCAGUUCUUCGACCAGCAGAUCCAUCGAGUCAAAGACCUAAAAAGGCGCUAUAAUGACCUGCAUUAUAUGUUUGUUCGGAUUAAUGGCUGUUUUGGUGGCAGCCUUCUGACCAUCAUCAUUGUUUACUUUGCGCUCUUUGUUUCCAACUCCUAUUGGCUUUUCGUGGAUAUCAGAACCAAACCCUGGAGGAUAUAUGCCAUCUUGCUCAACUUGGGGUUUAUUUUCAAUGUGGCCUUGCAGAUGGCAGCUGCUUGUUGGCACUGUCAACAGAGCUAUAAUCUAGGCCGGCAAAUCGGCUGUCUAAUUUCGAAGUUGGUAAAACCGCAGGGCAGCAAACGAUACAAUGAUUUGGUGAGCGAAUUUUCGCUGCAAACACUGCACCAGCGAUUUGUGGUCACCGCCAAGGAUUUCUUCAGUCUCAAUCUGCAUCUGCUCAGUAGCAUGUUUGCAGCUGUGGUCACAUAUCUGGUCAUUCUCAUACAGUUCAUGUUUGCCGAAAGGAGUUCAAAGCGAAGCAGCGGAUGA